CGCUCCCCAGCCGCUGCUGGCGCGAAGCCUCGGUCCAGAGCCGGCCACCCAUUACUACGUAUCUGUGGCAGGCGAUCCAUCUGUCGGCUUUUCCUCCAUUCUCCAGUUGCAUACGCCACUUGCUCUUCAUCGCCUUUGUCACAAAGCACCUCCUCCACUGAAGGAGAAUGCGACGGGGUUGACAAGGCAACAUACUUAAGAUGGCGAUUCGAGAGGAUAUCGUCGCUUCGGCGACGCAGUUUUUGCAAGACCCAAGCGUUGCGAGCUCAUCGAUUGAAAACCGCGUGGCAUUUCUGCGGACGAAGAACCUUACCCAAGAAGAGAUCGAUGCCGCGUUGGCAAGAGUAGGCGCUCAGCCCGUACCGGCUGCUGCGACGGGUUCGAUGACAGUCGCUCAGCAACAGCAGCAACAACAACCGUACUAUCAGCCCUACCCCCCUCAGUAUGCAGCCUGGCAGCCACCGCCCACGUCCCCUAAGAGAGAUUGGAGAGAUUGGUUUAUCAUGGCAACUGUUGUCGGCGGUGUCAGCUAUGGUGCAUAUACGUUGGCCAAGCGAUACGUGUAUCCUCUGAUUGCGCCACCGACUCCCGAAAGGCUUGAACAAGACAAGAAGUCAAUCGAGGAGCAGUUUGACAAGGCUUUCGGCCUUGUCGAACAGCUCGCAAAGGACACAGAGGAACUCAAGGCGGCGGAGCAACAACGCACAGAGAAGCUGGACACGGCUCUGGCGGACCUGGAAUCGAUUAUGCAGGAGCUGAGGUCUGCGAAUACGCGUCGGGAGAUUGAGACACAACGCGUCAAGGACGACGUACAAAUUCUCAAGGACUCGAUCCCGAAGGCCAUGAACACCCAGAAGGACCUCACCGACUCGAGACUGAAGGAAGUGAACUCGGAGCUUACUAGCCUCAAAACGCUGAUUACCCAGCGCAUGAACGCGGCGUCAUCGGCCAGUACGAACAAUCUGCGGACCGGCGGAAACGCUGCGUCUACUUCUUCAGGACUGAACCGCCCUGCUGCAACGGGUAGUGAUUCUCAAACGGGCAGCACCGAGGCGGCUGCCAACUCUGAUACGCCCAAGACAACUGGCACGCCCACAUAUAACCGAUCCUCGCCUUUCAGUGGCGCCACAGGCGCAAAGGCGUCAAUCCCGGCAUGGCAGAUGGCCAUGGCUAACAAGGAAAAGGACUCCGUAGUCUCUUCGACACCACCAAACGAAACUGGGGACGACAGCUCACAACAGCAACCAGCCGGAAGUGUGUAGUACCGUAUCGUGCUUUGAGUCAACGUUCUGUACAGUAAACAACAUCAAUGAUUUCAUUGCGUUACGGAGUGGGAGAAUAACCGAUAUAAUUGAGCUUUGGGCUCGGUUGUAUACAUGUACUAGAUAUGAGCAUUGAAAGCUAGUACUCUGAUAACGGCACGAAGCAUCUGAAUGACAAAUUUGGCGUCUCAGGAUUAAGUACAGAAGCCAGUGAUGAGCCCUAGAACGCUGCUUCAGGGUCGUCGACAUGAAUGCGAAGCUGACGCGUUCUUUGACUUGGUUCACACGGGACGGCUGCUAUUCGCGUGCUGCUACCUUGAUCCUUCUUCUCGUGAGGCAAAUCUUCGGCUUACCCUUGGUCGUGAAGAUUGGGUGACGAUGUCUCAAGUCGGAUUGCAAUGCGGCUGGUUGCACCCG